ACGCGAGAGAAGACGAACAAAACGGCAGCCAAGAAGAGAGGAGAGAAGAGAGAAGAGAGAUUGAAGCCCUAGAAAUCAAGAAUGGCUGUAGAAGAAGCACUCAAGACUUCAGCUUCAGAAGAUCAGAGCAAGACGGAGCCGCGCAACCCUAAAUCAAUGCAAGACGAGAACGAGCUCGAAGAAGGAGAGAUCGCCGGUGGCGACGACGAGUCGUCGGCAUCAUCGAAGGUCGCGAAGCCGCAGCAGCACCCUCUGGAGCACUCGUGGACCUUCUGGUUCGAUAGCCCCUCGGCCAAGUCCGCCAAGUCCAAGCAGGAGGAUUGGGGCAGCUCGAUUCGUCCGAUCUACACAUUCUCAACUGUUGAGGAGUUCUGGGGUAUCUACAAUAAUAUACGCCAUCCAAGCAAGUUGACUCCUGGGACAGACUUCCAUUGUUUCAAAAACAAAAUUGAGCCAAAGUGGGAGGAUCCUGUUUGUGCUAAUGGAGGGAAAUGGACUAUGACAUUUUCUAAAGGGAAAUCUGAUAAUUCCUGGCUGCAUACGUUGCUAGCACUGAUCGGAGAACAGUUUGAUCAUGGAGAUGAAAUAUGUGGAGCAGUAGUCAAUGUCAGAAAUAGGCAAGAAAAAAUUGCUAUUUGGACUAAGAAUGCAACAAAUGAGGCUGCUCAGGUGAGCAUUGGCAAACAAUGGAAGGGUUUUCUGGACAGCAACGAAACUAUAGGGUUCAUAUUCCAUGAAGAUGCAAGGCGACAGGAGAGAAGUGCCAAGAAUAAAUACACGGUGUGAUCUGUAUAGUGCUCUUUUCUAGUACUCAAUCUUUUUAUCUGAACCUGAGCAUUGUAUGCCCUACUUUAGAUGCGAGAGUAACCAAUUUCUUGCUAAUUGUUCCUCCUUCCCCUCAUAUGGUUUAGGUAGACUUUCUUUCAAAUGAUAAGAAUGAACAUAGAUGUUUCUUUUCCGGUUC